GAAACCAUUGACGCUUUCCUGUGAAAUUUAGAGGUAAUUACUGCGUUAUGUUUUUAGUUAUAACUUGAAUCAGGUGAACUUUCAGAAAUAAUCAUCAAGAUGACAGUUGAAGGAGAAAGAUCAGAAUCUGUUGCAUCUAAUCAGAGUGGAAAACGAUCAGCUAAACGACUGAAUAUCGUCAUCCAAUGUGCCGCAAUCGGGGAUACUAGUCGGCUGCUUGAGUGCUUUGCCAAUGAAGACGACCCCUACCACGACCGCGUAGAAAGCCAGCUGAACUCCGUAGACGAGGAGGGGCGAUCGCCGAUCGAAGUAGCGGUCACAGAAAAUCAAAUAGAAAUGUUAAAACUGUUGCAAGAAAAGGGGUCCAGUAUGGACACAAGGAACACAAUGUCAGCAAGGACCCCACUUGAUAUGGCCUGUAUUCUUGGAAGGAAAGAAGCACUGAAAGAAUUGUUGGAAAGAGGAGCAGAAGUUGACAAUGCGACAAAGCGAGGUUACACUGCCAUUCACCAUGCAGCAGCCUGGGGUAGGAUGGAUUGUCUGAAGAUUCUAGUCAAGCAUGGAGCUAGUUUAUCUAUCAAGACUAAACAUGGAGAAAGGGCCAGGGAUACCGCCCUGAGAUACAAACAUGAUGACUGCUCAUUUUACUUGGACUGGUCAGAAGCAAGACGUGGCCUGGUCUCCAUUCUGCAAGAAACAAAGGAAACAAUUGAAGACCCUCAGAAACUCCAGGGAAGAUUGGCCAAAGAUGAGAAAAUGACUGGGUUGAAUGUUUGUGGUGACAAACAAGAAUGGUUGGAUUCCAACCCAAAUGCUUCGAUUGAAGAUUUUCAUAAACAAGAGGAAGAUCUGAGGACCUCUUUGGAAGCCAUCCUCAUAAAAUUGUCAGAACCACCACCAGAGAAGCCUCACAGACGAUGAGACUGCACACUUGAUGACAAACCAACAGAGGAUAUCUAAGUGCAGGAUUAGAGCUCCGUUAAAACAGUCACUGAGGGAUGCUGUAUGUUACAGUUGAUAUCCACACCCGCAUUGGUCUCAUACCACAUGGUCUAAUCCUAGUUUGUCACAACCAGCUUUUCUGCUAACGAAAUAACCAUUUGGUUGUAAUUGCCAUUUAGCCCAUUUUAAUACCAUUUUGUUUCCAAAUAGGCUACACCCAUUUCAUCUUACACCCACUUAAUUGGUAUAGCACUAUAGUACUUGGGUUAUAUAAUGAGAUGAAGUGUAUAUAUGUUUUUUUUUACUUGGCAAUGUGUAUUAAUUAGUAAAUGAAGUGGAAAUUAGAUCAUCUGGGGGAUUUUUCAAAAAGACUUUAGUAUGACUUAGAGUUGCAUUUAAAUGCCUAGUUGCGUGCGGUAUAAAAGACAUGACCGCAUUGGUCAGAUCAUGCCAAGAGGACGCGCACUACUAAGUAUUGAUCAAUAAGAUUGCGGGCUGCAUAUCAUGUACGUCUUCAUUUCAGUGCGACUCUGUGAAACACCCCCCCCCCUGGUUUUUAGACUAAACAAGUAUUAGACUGUAGUGUAGAUCAAACAACAAUCGGACCAAAUUGAUAUUAGACCAAUGGGUUUUGCCCAUGUGACAUUGACUAUCUGAAAAGUAGAUCAAGAAGUCAAUAUAGACCUUUUUUACCACCUAGCUCAAACACUGCAAUCAAUAAUUUUAUCAAUUCUGACAAGUUGAAUAUUAUAUUGUAAAUAUAAUAUACGGCUUUCAACUCGGUAAAUAAGAUCGCAUUGAUCAAUCUAUCUGAUAAGUCAGAAAAAAUCUAGGAACCAGCAGGAUUUGAACCUCUCAUCUACUGAUUGCCGGUCAGCGACUGUAUACCACCAGGCCAUCAGUUUUUAUUUUUCUGACUUAUCAGAUAGAUCGAUCAAUGCGAUCUUAUUUACUCAGUGGGUUGAAAGAUUUACAAUAUAAUGAAACUUUCUCAGCAAGCUUUUAACAUUCCAAGUUCAAUAUCAUUGCAAAACUAAGGAUCUCCUCUUUCAUAGUCUAUAUAAAAAUUGAAUAUAUUCUGGCUAACUUGUGUGGGUUCUGGGCUCAUGUGCUGUUUUUUAUUUGUCAUCUUGAUAUAUCCCAGUCCUCCAUCCACAAUAUAUAUAUCAAUUUACUACUGUAUUGCAUAUCGACACAUGAUUAUUGCUUUUAUGAAUCACUUUGAAUGACUAAUAAAAUUUCAUUUGUAAAUUGUUUUUUAUGUGGUUUUGAAAAAAAAAAUUGCCUGAUGCAGCACGGUACAAAACAGCUAUCAGAGACGAUGAACAUUUCUUUUUUUUUGCGGGGGGGGGGGGGGGGGGUGGAUCUCCAGUCAUACUCCAAAUUAAGGAAUGAUUGUCAAUUUACUCUGGAAAAUAUUCCAGUUUGAAUAUACUGUAUAUAUUCAUGUAAAUAUCUAAAACUUUUGUGUGCAUAUAUAUUAUAAAUAGAUUUUUAUAAUUUUUUUCUUAUUUAAAUUCCGUUUGGUCAUUGAAACUAAAUGUAUGCAAAAUUUAUAUUGUAAUGGCAUCUGAUAAUGCAUUUUUUUAGAACAAGACUUGUGAUAUUUGUGUAGUUGUUGUAAAUCUGUUUAUAAAUUUGAAUUAUUGCCUAGUAUUUAAGUUUGUAAUUCAAUGUAUGAAACUUAACAGCUACAGCCCCAUUAUUUUUGUUUCCCUUGAUCUAUUCCAAAAUCAAUUUGUGGUUUAUAUCCCAUUCUAUAGGCUACAUCUAUGUAGGAACAAUAAUAAUUAUACUUUCUUAUAUACUGUACAUGUAUAUAUUGCUUAUCACUUUACUUUAUCUAUGGAUUUUGGUUCAUUGUAUAUAGAAAAUGAAAUAUUGUACAAUUCUUCUUUUUUCAGUGUACACAUUUUCAUUAUAUUAUACUACCUGGAGCUUUAUCAAUACUAAUCAAUACCCUUGAGCCAUGCACAAUAUCAACCAACUAUCUAGCCUAUAUAGGUGAAGGCCGCAGCUUUUGUCUUUGCCUUUACGACUCUGGAGCUGUUACGCGAAACGUCAUUAAUACCUCUGAUGCGGAAGAUUGCGAACCAUGGAUGCAAAGCAGCCACCACCUAUACACUCUGGUCUCCUACUGGUCUUGUGUUUGUUUUUUUAUCGACCAAAAUUUGGUGCAGGUUUUUCGCAACAUCGUACAAACUGCCAGUGGACAUUUGUCGCCUUCCAUAUCAGACGAAUUGCUGUUGUUCUUCGUUACAGCAUCAGACUCUGAAAGGCAACGGCUUGCAGCCCCUGUCUACAUGUAGAUUAUAGACUACCGUACCUACUAUCAUGAGGAUAGACAAAAUAAAGACUGAAACCCGUCCAUACC